CCUCGGGCGACGGAGCGCGCCGUCCGGAAGAGCUGAGGAUUCGUGUGUCGGUCAGUACUGUUGGUUUCACCCCUGAUGGUUGUGCCAUGAGCUUCCUCUCAGUUUGAUCUUCCCUCAUGAUGAAGAUGCUCCUCCCCUGCAGCUCCUCCCAGUGAUGGGCAGUGAUGAGGAUGGUCGGCAAGAUGAUGGUUUCGCUGCGCUGGGCAUCCAGAGGUGUGCAGCUCAGGUUGUACCACUGCUCCUGGCUCCGGCGCUCCUCUGGGGAUGAUGACUCCGCAUCAACGAUGAGGAUAGUCAGUGAUGUGGUCGAACGCAGCAGGAGCGACGGAGAGCCACGCAUGUCCUCGUGGCACCGGGAUCGGUCCUCCGUUGGGUGGGGUGCACCUCGGUCCCGUGUUCCCCAUCAAAAACCCAAAAAGUCUGCAGGCUCUGAAGUGGCACGCUUCGGCCAGAGCAGAUUAUCACCCGAGCUGCUCAGGCUGCGAGCCGAGGACUUUGCCGAGGGCCACUGGGGGUCCGUUAGCCAAGAGGAGCCCAGACAGGAGGACGAGAACACAGAGGUCCUCUUCGGUGUGGCGCCCUGCCUCCUGGCUCUCACCCAGGGCCGGCGGACUCUGCACAGGCUGUUUGUGAAGGAGUCCAGUGGCCCCGAUAGGGUGUCAGUGAGGCAGCUGUGUGAAGCGGCCCGGAGGCAGGGAGUCCCCAUACGGCGCUGCCGCAGGGCAGAGUUGGACAGCAUGAGCGCCAGGCGGGUCCAUCAAGGCGUCUGUUUGGAGGCCAGUCCUCUAGACUUCCUCACGGACCAUGGUGACCUGGCUCAGCACAGGGCCGUGCAGACCCCGCUCUGGCUGGUUCUGGAUAGUGUGCAGGAUCCCAUGAACUUUGGCGCCAUUCUGCGUUCCGCCUACUUCCUGGGCGUGGACAGGGUUGCCAGCAGCAUCCGGAACAGCUGCCCCUUAACCCCAGUAGUGAGCAAAGCGAGCUCUGGCGUGAUGGAGAUCAUGGGAGUGUACGGCUGCAGGGACCUCGCAGGCAUGCUGAAGGCAAAGGUGCGGGAGGGUUGGCAGGUGGUGGGCACCGUGGGGACGGAGGACAAAGGUGUGACUGUCCCUGUCUUGAGCUGCACACAGUUUCAAUUGACCUCACCCACGCUGCUGCUUAUGGGUGGAGAGGGCACUGGUCUGUCAGCGGAGCUCCUUGAACUCUGCCACUCCACGGUCACGAUCCCAGCUGGCCGUGAGCUGCAUCCCGCCGUCGAGUCCCUCAACGUCUCUGUCGCUGCAGGAAUCCUGCUGCACUCCCUGCUGUCUUCCAGGCCAAAGCCAUACCCAUGAGCACAUCCCCAUCGAGUGAUCAUCCUCACUGAGGGCACUGUACCUCACGUGUGAAGAGGAGUCCGUCAAGGGGUUCAUGACGGAGAUAAAACCAAGCUGACCUGCUGUAGAUGUGCCCGGCAGAGGGGUCGGAAAGUCAUCAGACAAAGUCCUGCCUGGUCCUUGUUGUUAGCUACUUGUUUGGGUGACACCUCAGUGAGUACAGGGAAUGAGACACACGGGAGCAAAGCACUCUGUGAUUAUAUUCCCUGGGGGAGGGAAAUUCAUCCAUGGGAGGGGGCGUUACUGGGCGACAGGCAUCAAAGGAACUGGAACAUGUGUUUCUUAAAGUACAUUUUAAACUACAGUUUAAACAGUUCUGUGUCCACUGUAUGUACAGAGCGGUCAGUAAUAAAGCCUAAAGGUUUAUUUGU